AUGGCAACUACAAUCCUUACGGAGAAUCGGGCAACCCCUAUGAUCAACGCUACGAAGGUGGCGCUUAUGGUAAUCAAGGGGCUUACAGCGACCGACCUGAGCCUAUACAACAGGGCGGCAAUCACUAUGCUCAAGAUAACCAACGGCAAGGCGGAUAUGGUACAUACACCCAAUGCGUUGUAG